AUGGGCUCCGUUUAUCGCGACAGGUACGACGACUCUCGAACAUCUGUCUCGUCGAGCCGGCGUGAUGGCGGAUACACAACAGUGAAGCGCUAUGUGGUGAAAGAAGACGACAGCCGCUCCUCUGUGGGCCGGGACCGGCGGUUUGUCCCCGAACGCCCAGGUGAAAGGGUCGAGGAGACCCGGAUCGUCCGUCGUGAGAUCGACGAGCCCGUGCGCCGCGAAGAACCCCGCUACACAGAGCGUGAAUUGGUCAUCAAGCGCGAAAGAGAUGAUGAACCUCGGCGAGACUAUGCCUUUGACACAAGACGGGAAGAACCUGUCGCAGAGAGGGAACUUGUCAUAAGACGCACCACUGAACGCGAGGACCCCCGUCGGGAUGAUUUCGAGGUGACCCGGUAUGACGACCGCAAAGUUGUCGACACCCGUUACCGAGACGACUACGAAGUCCUUCCACCGCGUGGUUAUGACGAUCGUGAUGUUCAACGAUACACCCGCACUACCGACUACUUCGCUCCACCUCCUCCUCCACAGACCAUCAUCAUUCGACAGGAACCCAUCAUCAUUCGAGAGACAGUCCGCAACGAUGACGACUAUCAAAUUGUCCGCAAGUCGGACGUUGACGAACGCAGCGUCGUCCGAAGAGACCCGCCACCUCGCUCGCCUCGCGGAGAAGAGGACUUCUUUUAUGAAAAGAAAGUCAGAGAGCGCAUUGACGACCGCCGCGAUGAUGACGACUACUACGAACGCCGGAGUCGUCGGCGGUCCGUGAGUCCCCAUGAUUCGGUGUCCCAAAGAGGCCGCGAUUACAGCAGCGACGACAGCAUGGUCUAUGUUCGCAAAGAGGUCCGUGAGGAAAGCCCAAGUCCUGAACGUAAACGGGGGCUUGCUGCCGGCGUCCUCGCUGGUGUUGGUGCCGCAGAGCUUCUUCGAAACCACAACAAGAAGGAAGGGAAGGAUGUCUCCCACGGUGUCGGCCGUGUCGGGCGUGAUAUUGGCGCUGGCGCUCUGGGUGCUCUCGCCGCGGAAGGCAUCCACCGUGCGAGGUCAAUGCACCGUAGUCGAAGCCGACACCGCUCCCGAUCUGGUUCUCGACAUCGCAGCAGGUCUCGUUCCUCAUCCCCCUCGAAGUUUAAGACACUUGGAGCGGUCGGUCUCGGCGCCGCUGCACUUGCCGCUGCCGCAACUAUUGCUUCCAAGCGCAUGAACAAGUCCAACGAUGACGGCGACCGCGGUCGUUCUCGCAGCCGGUCUCGCUCUCGGCGCCGGAGGGAGUCUGUUUCAAGUCUCGAAGAUGACCCAGAUGCGCCAUCUGACGAUGCCCGGAAUCCCAAGCAUCGGAGAAACACAAUGGCAAAGGCUGGUGCCGGUGGCGCUAUCGUUGCAGCGUUGAUUGAACAUGCUAGAAGCAAGUCCAGGGCUAAGGAUGGCAAGGAACGUUCCCGGAGCCGCAUCAGACAGGCACUUCCCGUUGUCGCUGCCGGAUUGGGCAGUGCUGCGGUCGCCGGACUGUAUGAGAAACACAAAGCGAAGAAGGAAGCUGAAGGGAUUGCGGACGAGCGGCGUCGUGCUCGCUCUAGGUCCAGAAGCAGGGCCAGGUCGGAGAAUCCGUACUAUGACCAAGGCCAGGGUGCAAUCAAUGAUCCCGGGCUCAUCGAAUACGGGAAUGCACCUAUGUAUGGCAACAAUUACGGCCCUGAUUACUACGGGAGACCGCCACCUCAAGAUGGAUACUAUUCGAAUGCUGUUGUGCCGGCUGCCACAGGUGCAGCCGCAGGUUACGGCGCUCAACGUGGGACCAGAAGCAGAAGCCGUAGUUUGAGUCGCGAACGAGGGGGCCGAAGAUCGUCCCGCAGUUCAAGCUCCUCUCCAGACCGGAGCAGACGCAGGCAUUCGCGAGAUGCCGCAAAAAUGACAGCAGCUGCCGCAGCUGGAGCAAUCGGUGCGACCGAGUAUGAAAAGAGGAAGCAAGAUAGACGUGAACGACGUGCACGAAAACGUCGAGAAGAGGAAGGAUAUGGUCGUGAUCCUUACGACGACAACUUCAAUCCCGGCACACAAUAUGCUCCCACGCCGCCACCGCCUGGCCCCGUCAUCGAUCCGUAUGCAAACCAACAAGGAUUCUAUCCUCAAACUAGCCAGUUUCCGCCUCCACCAGGAGCAGUACCUCAACAAUACCCUCCACAAGCUGGCCCUGGUACAGCUCCACCUGGUGCUGCCCCGUACCCUCCACAGAACUAUCCUCCACCACCACCGCCUCCUCCUGCUGCUCCGCCGGCUCCUACUCAACCAUACGAUGCGUAUGCUUCUGGUGCGAACCCCUAUGCACCACGUGGUCCUGAAAAUGUGAGUGCUGAGCCGAAUCCUGUAUUUGGCAAUCCUUUUGCACCUAUUGUUCCUAGCAAUGACCAGACCCAUGUCCCAGAUGGUCUAAAUCGUUCUGCGCCGGCUCCGGCACCACCGUCCUCAACUACGCAAGUCCCUUCCUUCAAUGAUCCAACGAUUCCUCCACCGCCGGCUCCGUAUCCUCCGCGUCAGGGAACAUAUCCUCCCCCAACCGGACGGGGUGUGUCUCCUCCACGUUCUCAAUCCCAGCCGCCCCCGUCUAAUCGAAAGAGUGUUCAGUUUGUCGAGACGCCACAGGUAUCUGACGCCGCACCGGUUGAGUCUGAAGCAUCAAGUCCUGAACGUCACCGUCAUAGACACAAGCACUCACACUCGCGCGGCUACGAAGCGGGAGACGAUACAGAUUCGACCCCAGAUGAACAACGCCGAAGGGGCCGAGAACACUCAUCUCGCUCGCUUCAACCAGACUCUGGCGAAAAUGGAGACAGACGCCGACAUCACCGACGUCGUCGCUCUCACGAACCGACCUCGUCUCGCGGAGAACCCAGUUCAGGUUACCGAGGACCAGAUCUCGAACGCGUGGCAAGUCCCACUGAUUCCGAUGCCACGAUCGAGCUACCGCCUAGAUUCGACGAGAAGGGACGAAGGAAACCCGAGCCUGGCGAGGAUCCCCUUGCCGACCGCAUAAAUGAGAUCCUUUCUGGAAAGGGAGCAGGAGGCAAGUUGUUUGGUAAUUUCCUGGAUGGAUUGCUCGGACCGGACGGCCGGAGGAAGCGGAGCAGAUAA